AAUGAAACAUUUAGACUCUAGGGAUAGAUCUAACAGUGCAUUGAAAAUUCUUGAUUUAGAAUUUAGAUAAUCCCUAGACAUUGUCUAUUCAGAGCAAGUCAACCAAUCGAAAUUCAGAAAACUAGACUACAAACGUGACGUCACAGUACCAGCCAAAACCAAGAUGGCUCUCUCGGUAAAAAGAUAGGGAUUGAGAAUCAACUUGUUCCCAAUCUCAUUAUGCAUUUAUGUAGCGGUGGAUUCUUGGUGUAUUUCUACUUUGGAUUAUAUACAACACUUGUAAUAAACCUGACUGUGAAUUGGGUAGCAUCAUGAAAUAUAACUUCCUUGGAGCAGAGAAAUAUGUAGGAAGGUUUCAUUGUAUUCAUUUUCCUUGACACCAAAAGGGUUAGAUGACUGCAAAUCAUGACUAGAAUAACACAUCUACUGGAUUAUAAUUUCAAAGUUUCACAUCUGUGGAGUAACCUUCAUUUGUAUUGAAGGGAAUGUGCUUUCAAAUAUGGAAAUGCUGACCCAAAAAGGAUAUGUGUUUGUGUUUCUACUAAUUACAACGGGUAGUUUAUUCUCUUGGUGCUAUGCCUGUGUUCCUGGAUGCCAAUGCACAAUGCUAACCAAGUCACAGAAAGGUCGGAAAGUUAACUGCACUCAUCAUGUGGCUCCAUUCACAUCCCUGGCGAAUUUGAACUUUCCUCCGGAUACUGUUCAUUUGGAUUUUGCUCACAAUGCUUUGGUUGUUUUAAAACAACGCUCAUUCAUUCAACUUUCCAGUCUUCAAAAACUAAAUUUGAGUAAAAAUCAAAUACAAAUCAUUGAAGCUGGAGCCUUUGAAGGAUUGCAAAGUCUGAAAAAAUUGGAUCUGUCAAGAAAUGCCAUAGGAGUAAUCAAUAGUAAUAUGUUUCAAGGCUUACCCAGUUUGGAAAAGCUCUAUUUAUCAGACAACAAGAUCUCUGUCAUCCCAGAUGGAACUUUUAAUGAUCUGAGGUCAAUGAAGCACAUUGAAUUUAGUUCCCCCUAUCUGCGCUGUGACUGUCAUCUCAAGUGGAUUUUGCAAUGGACCAAACAGCAAGAUGUACAUAUUCCAAGCUCAACUGUAUGUGCACUACCCACUAAAAUGAAGGGAAAACCAGUAUCUAAAUUGAAACGUAAAAAUUUACAUUGUGAUCACAGUCUGCAGUUAGCUAUUUUUGACAUUCGACCGUCGGAAAGCCAGCUGGUAUUUCAAGGUGAUAAGCUUCCUUUUGAGUGCCACGCUUCAGUUGCUCCAGGCAAAAUGGAAAUAGCUUGGUUUCGUGGUGAACACCAGGUGACCACCAACAAGACUGUUGGUGUCUCUGUAAACACAACACACAACCUAGACUACACUGUCAUCACCCAUCAUCUCCUGGUUGAAAGUCUGGAUACAUCUCAUGCUGGAGAAUGGAGCUGUGUUGUGUCAACAGAUAGCGGGAAUCUUACAAAAACAGUUCAUGUAGAAGUAAGAGCACCUAAAGUUGACAUGGGUUGUCCAGCUGUCACAAACAAAACAUCAAAGGGAACUUAUACCUGGCAGUCAUCCAUUGCUGGAUUGCUAGUGUUUCAGCCCUGCCACAAAGGAGACAAGGGUGCCAUGGCCACCCACAAGUGUGAGGUAGAUGGCAGAUGGAGAAAUUUGAACAUCUCAUCCUGUAGCUUCAUGAAAAAUAUCACACGAAAACUUCACAGGUUUUCCAAGCUUUCACCUGAACUUGGGGAUAUUCCAAACCUGACAAAUGACAUUAAUAAGGCAUUCAUGCUGGCUGAAGCUAAUGAUGAAAAGAUGGACUACUUUGAUCUCUUCUACCUUACAAGAAUCAUGGCAAAUUUACUGCCAUUUGCAAUGUCAGAGUCAAUGGUUACCUCAUUGAUGGUGAAUAUUAUUAGCAAUGCUAGCAAUUUGUCUCCUGAUGUUUUGGAUAUGGCUCAAAUUGAAACUAGGUCACUAUCAAGGAUGGUUCGAAUGUUUGAACAAAUGAAUGAACAGCUGAGUUCUCAGAUGUUGGAGCCAAGGUGGACCAGUUUGACCAAGAAUGUGAUAGUUGCUGUGUUCAAUAAAAAACAGGUGCUGCAAAGUGGCCUAGGCUGUGGCCUUUUAGAUUACACAUUGUUCCCACAAGACUUGGGUAGCACACAUUUCAUUUGUAGUCAAAACGUUUCUCAAAUUUUGGCUGCUUCUAUAAAUGUACAAAUCCCUGCAUUGCUAAACAAAAGAUUCCAGCCUAAGUUGUCUGAGUUGGAUGAAACAACAACACCAAGGCCAACAACUACAACAGUAAAGCCUGAAGAAGAAUCCACUAUCUACAAUCAAGACACUGUAUUGAAUAGCAAUGACAGUUCAGCAGUGAAUGACACAGUCCUGCCAGGGAAUUCUUCAUCCCUCUCAUCAGCAUCAUUUCAACAAGAACCUCCAGUGUUUUCCUACUCACCUAACUCCUACCCUAAUCAAGCAGUUCCAGAUAGCCUAAAUGAAUCCACCACAUCACCCUCUGCCAUCUCAACAUCACUAUUUUCCCAUCAGCUAGAUAGGCUAAACUUAUCCAAAUUGUCCAGGGUAUUGAAUAUCUCAUCUCAAGGUCCAUUCAACUUUCCUGCAAACAUGUCAAACUUCCCCUUCGCCAUAAAACCCAUCGGCACUGUGAAUAAUCCUGUUCCCAUGCCAACACCCCCUCGCAAGACAAAUGUUUAUGUGAUCGUAUACAGAACAAGUAAACUGUUCCCUGUAAUACAGUCAGACUUGAGUGAUCCAGCUUUCAGAAGGGGGACCUGGGUGGUUGUUACUCCAGUGCUUGCAGUUUCUGUUGGUAUGCCAACAAGAAAUUUACCAGAACCUGUUGUAAUUACUUUUCAAGUUUCUGAUGUUAGAAGACCCUUAAAGGCAGCAUAUUAUGACUUUGAUUUCAUUGAUGGAUAUGGUGGCUGGAGGACAGAUGGUUGUGAAAUAGUUAAACAAAAUGGCUCAACUGUUGUUGUUCAAGUGCAUCAUCUUUCUAAUUUUGCACUUUUGCAGGAUGUGUCUUUUGUAUACAGACUUGAGGCAUUCUCUAUGGAGCCAGUAUUGUAUGUUGGCAGCGGUAUUUGUAUGAUCUGUAUGAUCAUUGUAGUCACUACAUUGAUUGCAUGUUUUGGGUCCAUUGGUAUUCCAAAGAAAAUCAAACAUGCAACAAUGAAUAUAUGUUUGAGUACACUUUUUCUACUGGCAGCAUUUAUAUUUGGAGUGAAUCGCACAGAUUUCGAGUUACCAUGUCAAAUGGCAGGCAUUUGUAUUCAUUACCUAACUUUAUGUGCUGUUUUUUGGAUUACAAUAGCAACCAACAUACUGUAUAAAAAGUUCAUCAAGGCCAACAAACCACCAGAGCCCCCACCAGACCUUGGUCCCAUGCCACUCCCACCCAAGCCCAUCUUGCAGUUUUACUUUGUUGGCUAUGGUGUUCCGGUUAUUAUCUGUGGCAUAACUGCUGCUGUCAACCUGAAUUUUUACUCAGGCCAUAAAUACUGCUUUCUUGAAUGGGAGCCCAGUGUUGGUGCCUUCUAUGUUCCUGUUGCUUUACUUGUUGCUUGGAACUUUGUUCUCUUCACACGAAUCUCUUGCAUCGUCAAAUCAGUACCAGAAAUAGACAGUGAGGCGGCUAACGAGAGUGACCAUGAAAUCCACACCAACGAAAUUGAGCUGGUGCCAUCGCAGCCGGAUACAAAUACCAGCACCACUCACAACAUAAAUUCACACAGUAAUGUCAACAACAUCAACAACAACAAAAACAUCAUCAAUAAUGGGAUCGGGUACCGCAGAAGGUUCAGCCACAGCAGUACCGAUGACGAAGAAGAGGAGGUGGUGUCUGUGGUCAGCAUCCCUGACCAGGAAAGGAGACCCGUGACCCAGCUGAGGUCCCUUGUCGUCAUCCUGUUUUUGUUUAUUGUCAUGUGGAUGUGUGGUGCUCUGGCCAUAGCUAAGCCCUUCUACUUCAUCCCUUACCAAGAUCUCAUCUUCAGCUACAGCUUCGGGCUGAUGAGUUCUGUUUUUGGAUUAUUCAUGAUUCUCUACUUCUGUUUAACUCGUAAAGACUCCUGGCUCAGCUGGAAGCGGGCAGCUAAAUGCGGCCCAGCAGAGGAGUAUGUGGCUCCCAUGGAAAUCACAGAGUCACAGCCUGAGCCGCCGCCUCCACCACCUCAGCCACAAGCCAACGGCAGUGCUGUCAAGUCCAACAGCAACACCAACCUGUCUCUGUAUUCACAGAAAUCAUCCAACAUCACUAAAGCAUACAACAUGAAAAACAACAGCAAGCAGUCAAACAUCAACCUCAUCAUACCUAACGCUUCGGAAAUUUCAUUUAAUUCAGCCCAAGAAGGUUUCCCCAACUUCUACAAUCCCAGACAAAACGGAGCUGCUAAAAAGUUUUGGCAGAAAAACCGUCACCAUAGUAAAGUGAUGAACAAGGACAUAAACAGGGAUUUAAACAGCAGUUUAACAGACAACAAUUCAACAGCUGAGCUCAGUAAUCGCCUCAGCCAUGGCACCAGCAGUGACGCCAAUACCCACUUCAGCACUGACAACCAGUUCCCUUUCAAAGACAAGCCUGCGUCUAAGCCAGGGUCCUUCUCUAGCUCACGAGAAAUCCCUGUUCAUAUCAAUAAUCAUCAGCAGUCCACUCCACAGAAUAUCCUUGGAUCCUCCUGUGGGGCCAUAUCUUUAGAGCUGAACAGCCAGGUCCCUGGCGUCAGGUCAGCUUCUCCAGAUAAAGGACAGGUGAAUGCACCUGUGUACCAGUCUGUUGGUUCAAACAACCUACCUCAACAUCAACGUUCACCCAGCGCUGGUUCUCUAGGUACAGGGGUGCACCCUAGCGCUUUUACACCAGUCCAGCCACGGAAUAAUAACACCUUGCCACGUCAUGGUAAAAACCUGGAUGACUCUACAGAAGAAGCUCCCCUCAGUCAGGGAGAGAGAGAAGGUUCUGUGCCAAAGAACCAGUUGAGUGCAGCAUCCUCUCAAAUUGACAAGUCCAGUCAAGGUGAUCUACAACCAAGGCCUGUCAAUCCAGGUGUGGCUUGGAAUCCAUACCAUUGUAACUUACCUCCCCUACCUAGUCAUCAGCCAUCAUACUCUUUUUCACCCCCACCACCUGCACACUCACAGCAGCAACAUUAUCCUUUUGAUUAUGGCAUUUAUUCUCAGCCAGUAUCAGUAAAUCCUCACAUUUUUAAUAAGACUCAGACCCGCCCGUCUGGUCCGAAUAGUUUGUCCCCUGUCCCAUUCACCCAACAGACCACUCACCCCACUCCCUUCAAUAUUCCCCCAUCCCCUUACCUCAUCCAAUCCCAGACUCGUCAAGUCAAAUCUAUGAGCCCUGGGUCCAGCAGCUCACAUUCACAGAAUCAGUCCAACCACAAGCGUCGCAGUAGUGGAAACAGCUGGCGCCCACUUUCAGGUGGGGACAGCUCAGACAGCAGCAGGCCUAAACCAAAACGAACUCAAGCAGGUGGAAGCCCAGGACGGUCAGUCACAUAUGCACCCUGCAGCCCAGUAUUGUCAGAUAGCCAGGCCUAUGAGCCUAAUCAGGGAAAUAAUCAAAAUGUACAACAAAACAUGAAAAAAGCCAGGUCCAUAGAUUCAGAUCAUCACUCAGACCCCACCCAUAGAAAAAAGCAUCACAGAUCUGAUAGACAUAAGAAUAAGCUGACCAACAAGCAGCGAUCACUAGGUUGGGAUGAACAGUUCAAAGGGCGCCCAUCUAAAGUGAAUUAUGUUUAUGUUAACCAUAUGUAUAGAGACAAGGUUAUGCACAAACUAAUCAAGCAAGCCAGUGAAAGUGAUGAUUUAGCUAACAAAGCAUUUUGGUUGCCUCGUUCAGCCAGUGAAUAUGAACGUCUCACUCAGAAAGGCUUUUGUAACAUGGCGGAUGACGACACUACAUCCAGCUCUGAUGAUGAUAGCUUAGAUGAUAAUGUCUGGAUUCGCCAGAGUUCUGGAUCUGACUUUCACAAAAAAGAAACAAGUGUGUAACAUAAUAUUAAUUUAUGCAUUAAAACAUUAUAGUUGUAUUGUAAAAAUUAUCAAAGUGAAGUAUUAAGGCUUUGAUUCGUAAAUAAUUGAUUAAAAUGAACUUUGUAUGACCCUUAUGUGUGUUUGUAAAAGGAUCAUACUUUAACUUAGUUUUAAAAUUUUGAAAAUUAAAUAUCUGGCUUGAUAAUGUUAUUUUGUAAAUUGAGUGUAAAAUACUGUACAUAAUAAGUAAAUGCAUGUAUCAAAAUUAUGCUGCUUUAUAGUGAAGCCAUAGCUUUAUAUAAAUAGACUAAAGGGAAUAAGGAUAUAGAAACUAGUGUUCUAGUUUUAAUGAGCUCAGUUUGAAAUCAUCCAGCAGUUAAAUGAAAUAUAUGUAUACUGAUACUAAAGGACCAUCAACAUUACUUCAUAAUGAAUGCUGACUAAAUCUGAACAGUAUUGAAUAGAUGUGUGAGCUUCAUUUUGAUUAGAAAAGUUCAUUUAUCAGAGCAAUAUCACACUCUUCCUGGAUAUUUUAUAAAUACAUUCUUUUGUAAGUUAUAUCAUAAUUUUAUUAUGUAUUGUUACCUUUUAAAGAAAAAAUCUUAUUUUGCAAUAAGAUGAUAGUUUUGUAAAGAGCUGUCAGUUUCAAGAUGUAAAUAAAGGUAAUUUUUGUCUGUUUUUUUGUGCUAAUGCACUUUAUUAUUUACAGCAGCAUCUUCAGUUUGAUUUUUUUUUAAAUUUAUUCAAUCUCAACAUCUAUUGUUUGUAACUUAUAUCUUUAAAUACACUUAAAACAUUUUUUUGUAAGAUUUGUAUAUUUGAAUUUUAGUUUACAAUUGGUCGCUGUAUUACAAUAGUCUAAAGUGACAUAUUUUUUUUUACAAAAGUCCCUUUUUAAGUUGCCUGUAAAACAAGUAUGUCAGUCAUGUAUUUAACAUAUGCUCAUUAUCUUUACAUUACCUAUACAUACAUUUUAGUUUCUUAAAAUAUAUUUUGAUGAAUGUCCUCCAUCAUGAUUUUUUCAUGAGUCACAAAACUUAACUUAGUUAUAUUUUUACAAUACUAAUUGACGUGACAGUGUUUGAUAUUUUGUGGCAUAUAUCCUAUUACUACGGGUGAAGAACAAAAUCAUUAAGUUAUAUCUCAUUAUUUGCUUUUAUUCUCUUAAUGACAAUGUUCUAACAUUUUAAGAAAUAUUUUUUUUGCUGAAACAGCUGAUAAUGAAUGGAUUUUACUUUUGAUCAGGCAAUAAGCUCCAGCAUUACAAUGAUAAAUAGUCCUUUUAAAUUGUGCAUGAUGGAAUUUUUUUUGCUUUCCCCCCUGAUUUUGUGAAUGAAACAUUUAAUUAUCUUAAAAUUCCCACAGUUGCUAAGGCCUAAAUUUUCUUUCCUGACAAAAAAGGAGAUUUCUAAAUAAAAACUAAUGCAACUGGUAGAGUAAUAAGUAAAUGAAGUCCUUACUUUACUUAGCUAUACAGAAUCCCUGUAGAAUGCUCAUUCAAAUACAUUUUAUUACAACCUCAGCAAAAACAUGUCUCACUCUUGUGGCCCCUGUUUUUUCUUUUAAAUGCAUUUUAGUAUUAACUUUACUAGUUUUAAAAAUAUUGCUAAUUUAUAAAUAAUAUAAAUAUUUAUAUGAAGAUUUAAAAGUUUGUUGCUAGAAUUUUGUAACCACUAAGUUUAAUCAUCUUGUGAGAAAGUGAUACUUAGAGAAGGUUACAGUGAAGGCUUUUAAUUUUUUCAUAAACUCACAACGAAACUGUGCUGUUUAUUUAUACUUUAUAAAAUGUGUAUAAUCUUAACAAGUGUUGUGAAUUUUGAGCUUGGUUGUAAUUUAAAUUAUUUUUUAAAUCCUUUUUAAUGUUCAGUACACAUUUUAACUGAACUACGAACAAAAUAUAUACUAAAAACUUUUGUACAAUGCUUAAAUUUUUUAUAUUAUAUGAGCCUUUUUUUUAAAAAAAAAUUGUUUUUUAACCAAUAAUAAGUUAACUGCUUUUUAUAGCUAAUGAAUGAAAGAAAAUGGUAAAGUGUGCAUUAGCAUAAAAAUUUAAUUGCUGCUUUUGUUACAACAUAAAUUUGGUAAAUCAAAACAAUUAACUUUUUAAUGGAAUUUUAUUAAUUUGUAAUAUUUAUUUAAACCACAUCUAAUGUCAAAUCUGGCUAUUGUUCAUAUGGAAGCCCUGAAUUCAUAUUUUAUGAUCCAAAUAAUAUGUUCAUGUAAACAAGUUAACUGCCAUUGCUCUUUAUAAUGAUAUUAUUGUAAUUAAUCAAGUGAAACCCUUUUUAUGUUGAACUGGUAAGUUAGAUUUUACUUAUUUUCCACUUUCUUAUGUUGUAUAGUCUACUCAUUUUCAGUGAAACAGUAAGGUAUUUUAAAGGAAGAAUGAAAAAUGACCUAACAUCAUUCUAUUGAUAUACAGAUUUAAAAAUAGGCUUAACAACUUGGAAAAUAUUUUGCUAUUUAACAACUGUCUCAAACUUAAAAGAAAGCAAUAACUAACUUGAUUUCAAUUU